AUGACCACCUCCCAACCCACCCAAUCGUCAAUAAUAACGACGAAAACAGCGACAAAUGGAGACAACACCUCGCACAUUCCCUCCGCAGCGCCGAUGCUCAGCCCUCCAGCCUCUUCCCACUCCAUUGCAGAUGAUGACGACGAUGCCCCCCUCUUCUGCCCCUCGUACAUCUCCCCAAUGGUCCAAAAACAGCUGCCGGAAAACUACACGAUCCGACCCCUACGGCGAUCAGACUACUUCUCCGGCUACCUCGACGUUCUCCGAGUCCUGACCGCUGUCGGCGACUUCACCGUCGAGCAGUGGAACGAGCGCUAUGACUGGAUGGCGAAGCGAGGCGAGGAGUAUUUCCUGCUGGUCAUCUGCGAUGGCUCUGGUAGGGUGGUGAGCACGGGGAGCCUGAUCGUCGAGCGCAAGUUCAUUCACUCCCUGGGCAUGGUGGGCCAUGUGGAAGAUAUCGCGGUAGAAAUGGGCCAGCAGGGGAAGAAGUUAGGGUUGAGGAUGAUUCAGGCGCUGGAUUUCGUGGCGCAGAAGGUCGGGUGCUAUAAGAGUAUCCUCGAUUGCUCAGAAGCCAAUGAAGGCUUUUAUUUGAAAUGCGGCUUCAAACGUGCCGGCCUCGAAAUGGCUCACUACUACAACUGA